CUCUCCUCUUUCCUUUUCUAUCUAUAAAAUAACAUUUGUCGCCUCAAUUUCUCAUCAGGCAACAGAAAAGAAAAAAUAGAUCAGUGGCGGUACGUGAAAGUUAACGCCAUUAAUGGAGUCUGAGAAGAAUUUAAGGCUGCCACUCUCUGAUGAUCGCAAUCAGAGGGAUGAAAGACAACGAAAAGUUUCAGCCAUGACAAGAAGAGGAGUCUUCGCUGCCUUAUCAUAUAUGGCCUCUUCGGUUCUCUUGGUCAUGUUCAACAAAGCAGCCCUCUCCUCUUACAAUUUCCCAUUUGCAAAUGUCAUCACACUUGCUCAGAUGGUGUUUGCAUUUAUUAUUCUCUACGUGUUGAGAUCCUUGAAGAUAAUUUCUUUCACAGCUGGUGAAUCGCUGAGCAGUUCUAAGAAUACAAUAAUAUUUGUGUCCUAUAGGACAUUAGCCCAGACACUUCCUCUUGCUUUAACUUAUUUGCUUUUUAUGGUAGUGACCAUGGAAGCAGUGCGCGGUAUAAACAUUCCCAUGUACACCACCCUCAGGCGAACUGUUGUCGCCUUCACAAUGGUUAUGGAGUAUUUUCUGUCAGGGCAGACACAUUCAAGAUUUGUUGUUGGAAGUGUUGGGAUAAUCAUAGCCGGUGCUUUUGUUGCUGGAGCUCGUGACUUGGCAUUUGAUGCUUUUUCCUAUUCAGUUGUAUUUGUAGAAAACAUGUGUAAGGCAGUAUACCUGGCUUCUGUUUCUCGUGUUGGUAAAUCCAGCGGCCUCAAUAUUUUUGGUAUUGUAUGGUGCAAUGUGGUGAUUUGUGGACCAAUCUUGUUUCUCUGGUCCUUACUCAGAGGAGAUCUCCAAGCAACACUAAACUUUCCAUACUUCUUUUCCCGUGGAUUUCAGGUUGUGAUGCUUCUUUCCUGCGCUUUUACUUUCUUUAUAAACUACAUCGUAGUUUUGAAUACAACUAUCAACUCGGCACUUACACAGGCAAUCUGUGGUAACUUAAAGGAUGUUUUCACAAGUGGUAUUGGUUGGUUAUUAUUCGGAGGACUUCCAUAUGACUUGUUCAAUAUUCUUGGUCAAGUACUUGGCUUCCUUGGGUCCUGUUUGUAUGCUUAUUGUAAACUGAUGCAAGCAGUAUGAGGAUGACCUUUCAGGUGGGUGUUUAGGAACAUCAAAACACCAAACAAGCAUCGUAUAGUGUCCCUACAAAUUUUUUAGGGUUUACAAAUUAAGUCAACAGAAAAAGGUCAAAUAUCAAAUUAUCUUUAUCAAAAUUUACAGUAUAAAAAAUGUUUUUGUCUGCCCAAGUGUAACUUAGGGAAUGACAAUAGAAAUGAAUUCCUGAAAAUAUUUAAUAUAAAAGCGUUUAAUUUAACUUUUAUAAUUCUGGUCAAC